GGAACGCGACGUGAAUCAGAGCGGCUCCGGGAGCUGGGCAAUGCGGACAGGCGGUAUGGGAUGCUUCUGGUUGUUUGUGCUGUGCCUCUUCUCUCCAGCUGGAGCAAACUUCACUGAGCUGACUGGGAUGUUUGGACAGAUUCAGUCUCCCAACUACCCAGAAGGUUAUCCGAGUGAUUUAGACUUAACUUGGAAUAUCACAGUUCCCACAGGAUUCCGAAUCAAACUCUACUUCAUGCAUUUUGAUCUGGAGCCUUCCUAUCUCUGCGAAUAUGAUUAUGUGAAGGUCGUGUCUGAUGAUUUGCUGGAAACAUUUUGUGGCAGAGAGAGUACAGACACUGAACGAAUCCCUGGCCAAGAGUUUGUCUUAACAAAGAGCAACACCAUGACUGUUACAUUCAAGACAGAUUUUUCCAACGAGGAACGAUUCACUGGCUUUGAAGCUCAUUAUUCUGCCAUCGAUAUCGAUGAGUGUGUGGAGAAGUUGGAUGAAGCAUUGGUCUGUGACCAUUUCUGUCACAAUUUCAUCGGUGGAUUUUACUGCUCCUGCAGAUUCAGCUAUAUCCUUCAUUCAGAUAAUCGGACCUGCAAAGUUGAGUGUCGUGACAAUGUAUUCACUGAGAAAUCAGGCACGAUCAGCAGUCCAGACUAUCCCAAUUCGUACCCCAAAAGCUCAGACUGCCUAUACCGCAUUGAACUGGAGGAAGGAUUCACCAUCUCUUUGGAAUUUGCAGACAUCUUUGAUCUAGAAGAUCACCCUGAUGUGCCGUGCCCCUAUGACUACCUGAAGAUUAAAGCUGGAAUAAAUGAGUUUGGUCCGUAUUGUGGAGAUAAGAGUCCUGGAAAGAUCAAUACAAACAGCAGCAGUAUUCACAUUAUCUUCCACAGUGAUGAUUCAGGGGAUAACCAAGGCUGGAAGCUCACUUUCACAUCAGUUGGCAAUCCAUGUCCUGUUGUACAUCCUCCUGCCAAUGGUACAAUUGAACCUGUCCAGGAGCAAUAUUCAUUCAAAGAUCAGGUCCAGAUCAGAUGUAACACUGGAUUUAAAUUUGUCAAGGGUGGUGAUGAAGUGGAAGCAUAUCAGAUUGAGUGUCAGAAAUCUGGAAUGUGGAGUAGCAGUAUUCCUACAUGCAAAGUUAUCGACUGUGGGACACCCCGACCACUUGAAGAUGGAUUCAUCACUUUUCAUAGCACAGACAAUCUAACACUGUUUAGAAGCCACAUUGAAUAUUCAUGUCAUGCCUUAUAUUACCGGAUGGAGACAGAAUUGAACAGUAACACACGAUCUGCACUGUUCCAGAACUGUAAAAAGGAUAGAAACACUGGGAAAAUGCAAACAAGACUUAUAGAGGAUACAGUCUUUCAGAUCCGAGAGAUUGCAGUGAUCAAUGAGUAUGAGGAGAAAGCAGAAAAGCUUCUGAGUUCGAUGAUCAGCCAAGAUAUGUUAACUGGUGGAGCAGUCUGUGGAAGGCCAGUUCGAUCCCUGCCACCACUCAACAAGCGAAUUAUUGGAGGGCGGACUGCACUCCCAGGCCUCUUCCCCUGGCAAUUAUUGAUGGUGGUGGAGGACAUGAGCCGAGUCCCAAAGGACAAGUGGUUUGGCAGCGGAGCUUUGCUCUCCAGGUCGUGGGUAUUGACGGCAGCUCAUGUAUUACGAUCACAGAGACGGGACACCAUCACCAUGGUACCUAGUGAAUAUGUCACUAUCUACCUGGGGCUUCAUGAUGUUCGGGAGAAGGAAGCUGCUGUGAAAAGAACUGUAGAAAAAAUCAUUCUUCACAAAGCGUUUGAUCCCAGAACUUACAACAAUGACAUUGCAUUAGUAAAGAUGAAGGACAAGGUCACUAUGAAUGUCUUUGUGAUGCCUUUAUGUCUUCCCAGUCUUCAUCAGGAGGUGGAAGAACCACAGCCAAAUACUCUGGGAUUAGUGGCUGGCUGGGGCAUUACCAACCCGAACUUGACUAUGGACGAUGCCACUGGUGGUGACCAUGCAACACUGUCAAAUAUCUUACAGUAUGUGAAGCUUCCAGUCACACUCCAGGCUGAGUGUAAGAGCAGCUAUGAGUCACGUUCUGACAGCUACAACGUGACAGAUAACAUGUUCUGCGCUGGCUUUUAUGAAGGUGGAAAGGACACAUGUUUAGGUGACAGUGGAGGAGCGUUCAUUACAUACAACUCAGUCACACAGAGCUGGGUUGCUCAAGGACUGGUGUCUUGGGGCGGGCCUGAGAAAUGUGGCAGUAAACGAGUUUAUGGAGUUUACACCAAGAUUUCCAAGUAUGCAAGGUGGCUGGCUGACAAAAUGAACAAUUCCUCAGAUUAAU